GAUGAUGAUGCCUUCAGUCAUCGAGCGACCGUUGAGCGGACCGAGCUAUAAAGUGUGUGUUAACAAUCAGUAGCUUAUCAACACUACAGGCUUAACCAUAUUUUAAGUCCCAAAAUUUCCAACAAAAUGGCCAGUUUCGGAAAGUUGUUUGCCAGCCGAGUCGGUGGGUUGACCAAAAUUGCAAACUACAGCAAUGUUCGGUUCUACUGUGCUGCAUCUACAAAAACUUACGAUUUCAUCAAGACUGAGCUGGUGGGUGAGAAGAAGAAUGUCGCACUGAUUACUCUGAACCGCCCGAAGGCAUUGAAUGCGCUGUGUAACGGACUUAUGAACGAGGUCAGCCAAGCUCUGGAUCAGUUCGAGGCGGACAACACUGUGGGAGCGAUUGUCAUCACAGGCAGUGAGAAGGCCUUUGCUGCCGGUGCCGACAUCAAGGAGAUGCAGAAUAACACCUAUGCCAAGUGUAUUACCGGAAACUUCCUGAACAACUGGACACGUGUCGCUCAGACUCAAAAACCGGUGAUUGCUGCGGUCAACGGAUACGCCCUUGGUGGAGGCUGCGAAUUUGCGAUGAUGUGCGACAUUAUCUAUGCCGGUGACAAGGCCAAAUUCGGACAACCGGAAAUCGCCCUCGGAACAAUCCCUGGAGCAGGUGGAUCGCAGCGCACGGCCAGAGUAAUGGGAAAAUCCAAAGCCAUGGAAAUGUGUUUAACCGGUAACAUGAUCAACGCCGAAGAAGCUGAGCGUUGUGGGCUUGUUAGCAAAGUUUUCCCAGCUGAUAAAUUGGUUGGAGAGGCGAUUAAGCUGGGAGAGAAAAUUUCCACAUUUUCACCAUUGAUCGUUCAACUAUGUAAGGAAGCUGUCAAUACGGCGUAUGAAACGACCUUAAACGAAGGAUUGAAGUUCGAAAGGCGCCAUUUCCAUGCCACCUUCUCGACCAAGGAUCGCCUGGAGGGUAUGACUGCUUUCGUUGAAAAGCGUGCUCCAAAAUUCACCAGUGAAUAAACCAGCAAAAGCAUUGAAGCAUGUUUAUGAUUCUGAACUGUCUGUUCAGAAUAACUGACUUCACGCAGUUAUUACACACACUCGGUAAACUCGAGCAUAAGAUGCAUUUAUUAAAUUUUAAAAUAUGUUAGAAAAUGCAAAGCAUUUUCCAGUAUAAGUGAGCAAUGAAGUAAUAAAAAGUACCUAUAGUUUGUAAAA